GGCCUAGCCCAGCUGAGGCCAGACAAUUACCGGCUCUGCCCGGUAUUUGAAACCCUAAUUAGUUCGUCUUCGGGUCCUUUGCGGACUCCUCCUGCGGUGCGGGACCGAGCGAGGGAAAGAAGGCGAGAAUGGGCACCGGAAAGCGGAAGAAGUCCGACGAUGGCGAAGUGGAAGCGGCGGUGGAGAGGAGAGGUGGAGGACGCGAAGGAGUGAAGGAGAAGAAGCAGAGGGCGCUUCCAUCGAUGAUAAAGAACAAGGAGAAGAGGAGCGCCGUCCACGCCAAGCUCAAGCGCGACAAGAGGAUCGAGAAGCGGAAGAAGGCCAAGGCCCAAGAGGCCGCCCUCCAGAGAGCUCUCGAGCUCGGCGAAGAGCCUCCACCGAAGAAGGUUCCACGGACGAUCGAGAACACAAGGGAGCCUGAUGAGACCGUUUGUAAACCGGAUGAUGAGGAGUUGUUUGCAGGAAAUGAUGCUGAUGAAUUUAGUGAAGUUCUGAAACAGGAUGUAACUCCGAAGAUAUUGGUUACUACAUGUCGUUUCAACUCUACAAGAGGUCCUGCAUUUAUCGAGGAGCUGUUGUCGGUGAUCCCAAAUGCCCACUACUACAAAAGGGGAACCUAUGAACUGAAAAAGAUCAUAGAAUAUGCAAAGAACAAAGACUUCACUUCUAUCAUAGUUGUGCAUACUAAUCGCAGGGAACCAGAUGCCUUGCUGAUUAUGAACUUACCAGAUGGACCCACUGCACAUUUCAAACUAUCAAACCUUGUCCUGCGCAAGGACAUAAAGAAUCAUGGAAGACCUACAAGCCAUAAACCAGAGUUAGUAUUGAACAACUUCACCACACGCCUUGGUCAUCGUAUUGGAAGAAUGAUACAAUCUCUUUUCCCUCAAGAUCCUAACUUCCGUGGCCGUCGAGUUGUAACCUUCCACAAUCAGCGAGACUUCAUAUUCUUUCGCCAUCAUAGGUAUAUAUUUGAAACAAAAGAAAAGAAAGUUGACCCAAAGGAUAAAGCAGCUAAUAAGGGUGCAAAGGAAAAGAAUGCACCACAGCAAAAAGUGAUUGCCCGCCUUCAGGAGUGUGGCCCUCGCUUCACACUGAAAUUAAUUACUCUGCAGCAUGGAACAUUCGAUACAAAAGGUGGAGAGUAUGAAUGGGUCCAUAAGCCGGAGAUGGAUACAAGCCGCAGGAGAUUUUUCUUAUAAUCCAGAGAAUCUGCUGCAGAGUCGCUUAAUUUUUGGGGUGAAGUUUUUGGCCAAGGUUGUAGCAGCAGAUGCAUGUAUCCAUUCCAUCUGCUGGCUUCUCGAGCAAAAUUUUUUUUUCCCAUUUGUUAUCUGAGCUUUGUAUGUUUUGAGUGUUUCAAAGUAAUGUAACAACAUUUGCUGAAAUAUUGCAAGUCAUCCAAUUGAUUCCCAAAUAGUAGUUUAGCAAAUAGUUAUUUAAUCAUGCACUGUCUGUAUGAUUUGUUCGUGACCCAUUUGUGACUUACAUAAGGACUAAGGAAAAAA